AUGGUCGAAGGCAUCUUCAAGGUUUUCAGGUACUUCCUUAAUCACCCAGCCAGUGGGACUGGUAUCAUGGAACUUAUAUCUUACACAAGAAAUCUUAUCGGCCAUGAUAUGUCGCCACAGCUUGUGAAGUUCGCUUUUGCAGUACAGAAUAACCUUUUUGGUGGAUACCCACAAGAAAGUGAUAUAGUGCCCAGUGCUAUCAUGGUGGCCUUCUUUAGUUCAUUUGCACUUGCACAUGCACUUAUCUUUUUCGUUAAUUUUUCGAGAGGCCAUUAUUUUUGGAUAUCCAUCAUGUGGAGUUUUAACUGCAUUCUAAGAGUACUUGGAUUUGCCCUCCGUAUUGUGUGGGUGAAGGAUCGUCCUGACGUGCCAUCAGCGUUGACAAGUGAGCUUUUCCUCAUUUUACCUUCCAUCAUCUUGGUGACGUUCAACUUGAUCUUGGCUCAGAGAAUCUUCACAUGGAGACAUCCAGUUGGUGGUUCCAGAAAGCUUUUCUGGGGCUGUAUGCUUACGCUUUAUGGUAUUGUGUUGAUCGUUAUUGGUAUCACUAUUCCAUCAGCUUUUAUUCAAUACAUUCACUUCUUGGGUGUGCCAGCUUACGAGCUGUGGAAGAAGGUGAAUGCUGCUUCCUCGAUUUUGAUUAUACUUUACUCACUCACAUCGAUCUCCUUACUUGGCCUUGCUUACUUUUUCCAACCCACGAGAAAGGAUGAGCGCUUGUACACAUAUCAGCCAUGGUGGAUCGAAUCGUUUGGUCCAUUCUAUUUCGUUAAAAAGCAUGCUGCACAGGAAGCUGAAGAGACUUUUAUGAAGCGUAAUUCGAACCACAGACAUGCUAUUCGUGUUAUUGCCGCCACACAUCACCACUACAAUAUGGUGGAGGGACUUACCAAUAAAAGAGGAGAGUUGAAACACAACGUCUCCUUGUUCAUUGUCUCAGUCUGUACUAUUCUCAUUUUCAUUGGAGCUGUGCUUAGAAGUGUGACUAUCUUCCAAAACCGUAUGAACUAUUUUAGCAGUUGGGUCUGUGACUACAAAGUCUUGGUUGUUGUAUACGGUGGUUUUGAAAGCAUCAUCAACCUUCUUUACCUCGUUGGUAGAGUGGACCUUAGAUUCUACCGUCCAGACGUUCUUCCUGCCAAGGUCAAGGCCAUUAUUACCGCAGAGCAAAGUUACUUCACCACUCCAGUGGGAAGUGACUCUGAAGAUAGCGAUGAUGUCUACUCAGAUACGUCCGAUGAAGAGUCUGGGAAGUCUACUGACUCGAUCCCAUUUAACGACACAGUGACACCCUCUGAGACUGAGAAGCGGAAUUCUACCAAGAAAGUCGACAGUCAUGAAGGUUUCGAAUUCUUCAACAGUGAUACUUCGAGCAUGAACUCGAACUUCCGCUUCUAA